AUGGUUCGAUUUCCGUCUUUGGUAGCCCUUGGUGCCGUCGCGCUGAAUGUCUCGGCCGUUUUCGGCGCCGUGCCGUCCCCGGACCGGCGGGCAGAUGAGCUCCGGUUGAUUAAAACUUCGGACGAGGAUCCCGGUACCUGGAUGACCGAGGAGGAGAAGUUUGAGAAGCUCAUCUCGAAACGAUUGGGUUUUAUGGAUAUCACGGAUACCUUGGAGUUGGAAUCUUUACGUGCCGAUAAAGUUGCCACAAGGCAGGUCCAGGCGGCAGCAUUCCCUUCGGCUCCAAGCCACCAGACGGAGGCCAAAGCUCUCAUUGCCAAGCUAGUGCAGUCCAACCUCUCGACUUGGCUCAAUGAGAUGGCUGCCAUCUACAAUCGGUACUACAAGGGCUCGUAUGCUGCUACCAGCGCGACUUGGAUGUACGACACUGUUGUCGAGGUUUCCUCCGCCAACCCUGUGAUCACAGUCAAGAAAGUCACCCACUCCUACAAUCAACCAAGUGUGAUUGCCGCAAUCCCAGGAACAUCGGCUGAAGUUGUAGUGGUGUCGGCCCAUUACGACAGCAUUGGAAGCACCACUAGUGGUAAAGCUCCUGGCGCCGAUGACAAUGCUUCGGGCGUUAUCGUCAUCCUUGAGGCCCUCCGCGUUCUUGCCGAGGCCAAGUACAAGGGCGGAAACACCCUGGAGUUCCACUUCUACUCUGGCGAAGAAGGCGGCCUCCUCGGCUCCCGCGAUGUCAUGCAAUCAUACAAGAAGGCCUCGAAGCAAGUCCUGGCUGUUAUGAACCAGGAUAUGACUGGAUACUCCCCCAACAAUGUUAUUGCGGUCUACACUGACUACGUCGACACCGGCCUCACCAACUUUAUUAAGAAGCUUGUCCCUGUAUACAGUGAUCUGCCAUUGCUUACCGACACCUGCGGCGGGUCGGCCCGGGACGCUGGUUACCCGGCUGCAUACGUAUGCGACGAGGGAAUGGCUGACUCCAGUCCGUAUAUCCACUCGGCACAAGACACAGUAUCUACUGUCAGCAUCCCUCAUGUGUUCCAGCACGCAAAGCUUACUGUUGGCUUCCUGGUCGAGGCUUCUUACUUCUAA